AUGGGCGAGUGUCCAGUCCACAACCCUCUUCGGACCACCAAUAUCGGCGGCGGUGGUACCAAGAGCAAUGACUGGUGGCCAGAUCGGUUGCAACUUGGCAUUCUACGCCAGCACAACGCGGUCUCAAACCCAAUCAAAGAUGUCGACUACGCAGCGGCCUUUAAGAGCCUGGACUACAAUGCCUUGAAGAAGGAUCUACACGCACUGAUGACAGACUCGCAGGAGUGGUGGCCUGCCGAUUUUGGUCACUAUGGCGGUCUGUUCAUUCGUAUGGCCUGGCACAGCGCAGGUACCUACCGUGUCUUUGAUGGCCGUGGCGGCGGUGGUCAGGGACAGCAGCGUUUCGCCCCGCUCAACAGCUGGCCCGACAACGUCAGUCUCGACAAGGCACGUCGCCUGCUAUGGCCCAUCAAACAAAAGUACGGCAACAAGAUCUCCUGGGCCGAUCUUAUCCUCCUCACCGGCAAUGUGGCCCUCGAGUCUAUGGGCGUCAAGACCUUUGGAUUCGCCGGUGGUCGAGCUGAUGCAUGGGAAGCUGACGAGUCUGUUUACUGGGGUGGCGAGACAACCUGGCUCGGCAACGAUGUCCGCUACUCCCAGGGCAAAGAGGGUCUCGCACCUGGCCAAGGAGUGGUGGAUGGUGAUGAGCACAAGAAAGGUCACGCCGACAUUCACACCCGUGACCUAGAAGAGCCGCUUGCGGCUGCCCACAUGGGCCUCAUUUACGUGAACCCUGAAGGACCUGAUGGUAUCCCCGACCCUGUGGCUUCGGCAAGAGACAUUCGCACAACCUUCAGCCGCAUGGCUAUGACCGACGAGGAGACCGUUGCUUUGAUUGCCGGAGGUCAUACCUUCGGUAAGACGCACGGCGCAGCUCCCUCUGACAACGUUGGUCCAGAACCCGAAGCUGCACCCCUUGAACAGCAGGGCUUCGGCUGGAAGAACAAGCAUGGUUCUGGUAAAGGACCCGACACUAUUACCAGUGGUCUUGAAGUGAUCUGGACCAAGACUCCUACGAAGUGGAGCAUGCAUUAUCUUGAGUAUCUGUUCAACUUCGAGUGGGAACUCACCAAGAGUCCGGCUGGUGCAAACCAAUGGGUGGCGAAGAAUGUCGGAGAAAUCAUUCCUGAUGCCUACGACCCCAACAAGAAGCACCGCCCGACGAUGCUGACGAGCGAUCUUGCGUUGCGCUUUGACCCGUCUUACUCGAAGAUCGCAAAGUAUUACCUUGAACACCCAGACGAGUUCCAUGACGCAUUCGCACGUGCGUGGUUCAAGUUGCUGCAUCGUGACAUGGGUCCUCGAUCCCGCUGGCUGGGUCCAGAGUUGCCCAACGAGGAGCUGAUCUGGGAGGAUCCUAUCCCAGCUGUGAACCACCCUCUUGUUGAUGACAAGGACAUUGCUGCUUUGAAAAAGGAGAUCCUCGCAACGGGUGUGGAACCGGCCAAAUUUGUGAGAACCGCCUGGGCUGCCGCAUCCACUUUCCGCGGUAGUGACAAGCGUGGCGGAGCCAACGGUGGUCGCAUUCGCCUCGCUCCCCAGAAGGACUGGGAAGUGAACAACCCACAGCAACUUAGCGAGGUGCUGAAGGCACUGGAAGGUGUCCAGAAGAAAUUCAACGACGCUCAGACCGGAGGCAAGAAAGUGUCGAUCGCUGACCUGAUCGUCCUGGCCGGCACUGCUGCUGUGGAGAAGGCUGCCGGUGUUCCCGUGCCCUUCACUCCAGGUCGCACCGACGCCUCCCAGGAGCAGACUGAUGCCCACUCAUUCGAGCACUUGAAGCCCAAGGCAGAUGGCUUCCGCAGCUACGGCAAAUCAUCCUCCCGGGUGCGAACUGAACAGUUCCUCGUCGACAGGGCACAACUGUUGACGCUGACCCCACCGGAGCUGACCGUGCUUAUUGGUGGUCUCCGUGUGCUCAAUGCCAACUACGACGGAUCUUCUCUCGGUGUUUUUACCAAGCGUCCUGGCCAGCUAACUAAUGACUGGUUUGUCAACCUCCUCGACACCAAUACCGCGUGGAAGGCGACAGACUCCUCGCAAGAAGUUUAUGAGGGCACAGACCGCAAGACUGGCGAGAAGAAAUGGACUGCUACCCGUGCCGAUCUGGUCUUUGGCGCUCACGCAGAACUUCGUGCCGUUGCCGAGGUGUACGGCAGUGUUGAUGGACAGGAGAAGUUUGUCAAGGACUUUGUGGCGGCCUGGGACAAGGUCAUGAACCUCGACCGUUUUGACCUCCACAAACCAGCCGACCCUGCUAGAGCGCGGUUGUAA